GGGGCCUGGGACCCGAGAGAGGGAAUUAGUGGGAGCGGGGUGAGUGGGAGCUGCCGCCACCGCGGUCUCGGUAGCAGCCUUCGCCGUGCGGGAGCCCUCAGCAAAUGUUUAUUGAAACCGUGUUAUGUGCUGACACCGUGUCUGAGGGUGGGGAUGCAAAGCUCCCUCAGAGCCAUGUCAGAGCGCGAAGAGCGGCGGUUUGUGGAGAUCCCUCGGGAGUCUGUCCGGCUCAUGGCCGAGAGCACAGGCCUGGAGCUGAGCGAUGAAGUGGCGGCCCUGCUUGCAGAGGAUGUGUGCUACCGUCUCAGAGAGGCCACCCAGAAUAGCUCUCAAUUCAUGAAACACACCAAACGGCGGAAGCUGACCGUCGAGGAUUUCAACAGGGCCCUCAGAUGGAGCAGUGUGGAGGCUGUGUGUGGUUAUGGAUCCCAGGAGGCGCUGCCCCUGCGUCCCGCCAGGGAGGGUGAGCUCUAUUUCCCUGAGGACCGGGAGGUGAACCUGGUAGAGCUGGCCCUGGCCACCAACAUCCCCAAAGGCUGUGCUGAGACAGCUGUGAGAGUUCAUGUCUCCUACCUAGAUGGCAAAGGGAACCUGGCACCUCAAGGAUCGGUGCCCAGCGCCGUGUCUUCACUGACUGAUGACCUUCUCAAGUACUACCAGCAGGUCACUCGGGCUGUGCUAGGGGAUGACCCACAGCUGAUGAAGAUUGCUCUCCAGGACCUGCAGACGAACUCCAAGAUCGCAGCACUCCUGCCUUACUUUGUUUAUGUGGUCAGUGGGGUGAAAUCUGUAAGCCACGACCUGGAGCAGCUGCACCGGCUCCUGCAAGUGGCACGGAGCCUGGUUCGGAACCCACACCUCUGCUUGGGGCCCUAUGUCCGCUCCCUGGUGGGCAGUGUCCUCUACUGUGUCCUGGAACCCCUGGCAGCCUCCAUCAACCCCUUAAACGACCACUGGACUCUGCGGGAUGGUGCUGCCCUCCUGCUCAGCCACAUCUUUUGGACUCAUGGGGACCUCGUAAGUGGCCUCUAUCAGCAGAUCCUGCUGUCCCUGCAGAAGGUCUUGGCAGACCCUGUGAGACCUCUCUGCUCUCACUAUGGGGCCGUGGUGGGGCUGCAUGCCCUCGGCUGGAAGGCAGUAGAACGAGUCCUGUACCCACACCUGUCCACUUACUGGACAAAUUUGCAGGCUGUGCUAGACGAUUAUUCAGUAUCAAAUGCCCAGGUUAAAGCAGAUGGGCACAAAGUCUAUGGAGCCAUUCUGGUGGCCGUAGAACGACUGCUGAAGAUGAAGGCCCAGGCAGCAGAGCCCAACAAGGGUGGGCCAGGCUGCAGGGGGUGCCGGCGCUCGGACGACCUGCCCUGGGAAAGCCUUCUGCAGGAGUCUCCCUCCGGGGGCAGCGCAGAGCCAGGCUUUGGGUCUGGUCUCCCGCUGCCACCAGGAGGCGCGGGGCCGGAGGAUCCUUCCCCUUCGGUGACCCUGGCGGACAUCUACCGGGAGCUCUACGCCUUCUUUGGUGACAGCUUGGCCACCCGCUUCGGCACGGGUCAGCCCGCGCCAACGGCCCAGCGGCCGCCCGGGGACAAGAAGGAGCCGGCG